CUCAAGAGAGAGAGCACCGUCUGAUUAUAUAGACUACAUCUCUAUAGUUACGUAUCUCUAACAAAAGUCACAGUUAUUAAAUUCUACAUAAUUAUGCAUGUGUGUAUAUGUAUGAUGUGAUUGAAUAAAGGCAACCACUAUAUAAAGUACAUUAAAAUAACAGUUUAUAUAGAAUCUACAUACUGAUGGCUCCAUAACAAUCUCAAAGUAACAAAUACUCAUUACAUGCAUAAAUAGGUGGCAGUGAUGAUUGUGUGCAACUCUCAGUAUCUGCUUUUCUUAAUUCGUAUACAACAUUAACUUGACUUCGCUCAUAAUUAUUGCAAGGAAAUAUGAAAGGAAACCAAUCAUAUGGAGUAUCACCAAAUAAAGGUAGAAAUGAACAACGUGCACAAGAAGGCAUUUAUGAUGAAGUCGAGAUGCCAGAGCUUCACACGUAUAAGAAGACAUCUAAAAGUGAACAUGUACAAAGCUCUCGCCAAGAAAAAUGGCACUGUGGACACAAUGUGCUUUGGGGGAUAAUGGCAACUAUCGUGGUGGUGCUGAUUGCCAUUCUUGCAUCCAUUACUCUGAUUGUAGCAUCAAUGGACUUUCAAGCCCUCAGGGACUUUCAAGUUGCAUGCCCCGAGCUACAUGAAGUCGAGAAUGGAUCAACCACUAUCACUCCUGGUCUAGUACAUCGUGGGAUUGGAUCAAAAGUGGAUUACUCGUGCGACCAAGGCUAUGUUCUUGUCGGAAUUGCCACAAGGCAUUGUGUUUACCGAUACUACACGGAAAUGUUAGGAUUUUGGAAUGGCAGUGCUCCGUCCUGUCGAGUACGAUGCCCACUACUGGACCCAGUGGAUCAUGGAAGCAUGAUCCUUAGCUCAAGGAACAUUGCCCCUGUGAUUGCAACGUACUCUUGUCAGAAUGGUUAUCUCCUCAUCGGCCCUAAGCAGAGAGAAUGUGUAUACUCCAGUGGCAAGGAAAUUGGACAAUGGAGUGGAAUCAUGCCAUCAUGUCGGAUUGGGAGCUUAAUUGACUGCAACCAGUCAAAUUGCAGGCUCACGACUGUUGAUUGCCGCUAUCGUCAAGGUUACUGUAGCAUUAGCUGCAAUAGUUCAAUGCCUUUUUCCUGUCACCAGGCAUCUUUUGAUUGUCCACAGAGAGGAAGUGGUUGCUACAUAAACUGUACGAGUGAAUAUCAAUAUGAAUGUCUCGGGACUAAUACACUAUGUGGAGAAAGUGGUGACUGCAUUGUCGAUUGCCUUGGUCGCUAUUCUUGCCAAUACUCCAACUUUUCCUGUUCUAUAAAUGGACAGUCUAGAAUGAACUGUGCUGGUCAGCAAGCAUGUCAAUAUUCACGAUUUACUUGCUCUGAAGGUUAUUCUGGAAAGAGCAGCCUAGUACACUGUAGUGGUUCAUCUUCAUGUAAUAGUGCUACUUUGAGUAACACUCAACAAAUAAAGUGCAGUGGCUCUUCGUCAUGUUACUAUGCCAGUUUGAGUAACGCUCACCAACUGGAGUGCAGUGGCUUUUUUUCAUGUUACUAUGCCGGUUUGCUAAAUGCUGAAGAAUUGCUAAAUUGCAGUGGAUCAUCAUCAUGCCAAAGUGUGAAUAACAUUUCUACAGAACAACUACAUUGCAGCGGUAAUUCCGCUUGUAUUAACAGCAGAGGAGAUCUGAGUGCUACUUCAAUGAACUGCAGUGGAUCAUCAUCAUGCAGAAGCUCAACGUUCGAAAUUGGCCAGGUGAAUUGCAAUGGGGCAUCAUCAUGUUCAUCAAGUACAAUAAACUGUCCUUCAAAUAGCAUGGCAUGCGAUGUGAGCUGUUCUGGUAUCAACUCAUGUCAAUCUUUAAACAUUUAUUGCCCUAACGACGCAGACUGCAAUGUACAUUGCAACAACAGAGGAUCAUGUAACAAUGCUCGCAUAUAUUGUCCAACUGGAAACUACUUCUGCAAUAUACAUUGUUCUAAUCCACUGUCCUGUGCGAGCUUGCAAAUCACCAACUCACAAAACGUCAACCUACGUUGCUGUGGAGAUCGGUCAUGUGUUGGGGCAAACGUGUCACCAACGAGCACAACGAACUGUAUAUACACUAUAUAAAUACCACGUAGGUUAUUAGAUACCGGACUGAAACUGAAACAAUAGUUGUAGAGGUAUUCGUUAUAUAUAGAACAUAUAGAUCUAUCAUCAUUGAUUUUCGUGACUGUGUUACGGAACAUAAA